AUGGUGCCGCGCGCGCGAUACUCCCGCGCACGCCAUGGCGGAUCCGGACCGUGGAUUUUCGCGCCGAAAAUAGUCGGGCGGGCGCGCGGAGCGACCGCGAGGGCGGGCGCAGUGCGUGUCGCUCCGCCGUGUGAACAGCUCGUGAGGCCAGUAGCUGGCAUGCAGGCGAUGAAGCUGGAGAAGGAUAAUGCCAUGGACAAGGCUGAUACCUGCGAACAGCAGGCCAGGGAUGCCAACCUCCGCGCCGAAAAGGUCAACGAGGAAGUCCGUGAGCUGCAGAAGAAGCUCGCCCAGGUAGAGGAGGACCUGAUCCUGAACAAGAACAAACUCGAGCAGGCGAACAAGGACUUGGAGGAGAAGGAGAAGCAGCUGGCCGCCACUGAGGCGGAGGUCGCCUCCCUCAACAGGAAGGUGCAGCAGAUUGAGGAGGACCUGGAGAAGUCUGAGGAGAGGUCCGGCACUGCCCAACAGAAGCUGCUGGAAGCCCAACAGGCGGCUGACGAGAACAACCGUAUGUGCAAGGUGUUGGAGAACAGGGCACAACAAGACGAGGAGCGUAUGGACCAGCUCACCAACCAGCUCAAAGAGGCGAGGUUGCUCGCUGAAGAUGCUGACGGCAAAUCUGACGAGGUGUCACGUAAGCUGGCCUUCGUUGAAGACGAGCUCGAAGUCGCUGAGGACCGUGUCAAGUCUGGUGACGCAAAGAUCUCCGAGCUUGAGGAGGAAUUGAAGGUCGUAGGUAACUCCCUCAAGUCGCUGGAAGUGUCCGAGGAAAAGGCCAACCAGCGCGUGGAGGAGUUCAAGAAGCAGCUGAAGACCCUCACGUCCAAACUGAAGGAGGCCGAGGCCCGUGCCGAGUACGCCGAGAAGACCGUCAAGAAGCUGCAGAAGGAAGUUGACAGGCUCGAAGACGAGCUCGGCAUCAACAAGGACCGGUACAAGAGCCUGGCUGACGAGAUGGACUCCACAUUCGCCGAGCUGGCCGGAUAC